AUGUUCUUCCAUGUUCUUCUUCUGUUUCUUCUCCAUGGGUUUGGUGGUGAGCUUAGAGGAGCUUCAUCUUUGGGUAUCAAUUAUGGCCAAAUUGGUGAUGAUUUGCCAUCACCUGACAAGGUUUUGGAUAUGUUGUUGGCUUUGAAGAUUACUAAAGUAAGGAUUUACGAUACGAAUCAACAGAUAUUGUCGGCUUUUGCUAACUCUAAUGUGGAGAUUAUCGUUACGGUCGAAAAUGAAAUGCUGGGUGAACUUAUGGACCCCCAACAAGCCCUUCAAUGGGUUGCUACCCGAAUUAAGCCUUAUGUUCCUGCGACUCGGGUUACUGGAAUCGCGAUUGGGAAUGAGGUUUUUACGGACGACGACUUGACAUUGAUGGAGACACUAGUCCCGGCCAUGCUAAGCAUCCAUACAGCCUUAUCCCAACUAGGUCUAGACACCAUAAAAGUCUCGACACCAAGCUCCCUAGCCGUCCUACAAGAAUCCUACCCGCCCUCGGCCGGGAGUUUCAAGUCCGAAAUAACCGGAAUCAUGUCCCAAUUCUUACAAUUCCUAAACACAACAAAGGCACCAUUUUGGAUCAAUGCAUACCCAUAUUUCGCCUACAAAGACAACCCAAAUAACAUCCCAUUAGAAUACGUAAUCUUCAACCCGAAUCCAGGCAUGAUCGAUCCCUACACGAAUCUCCAUUACGACAACAUGCUUUACGCUCAAGCCGACGCAGUUCUUUUCGCGAUGGCAAAGCUAGGUUUCGGGGGUAUCGAAGUUCGGGUCUCGGAAACGGGGUGGCCAUCGAAAGGGGACCCUAAUGAGGUUGGGGCAAGCCUUGAAAAUGCAGCCAAUUACAAUAGGAAUUUGUUGAGGAGACAAAUGGCUAAUGAAGGGACACCAUUAAGGCCUAAUUUGAGGCUUGAGGUUUACUUGUUUGCUUUGUUUAAUGAGAAUAUGAAGCCUGGACCGACCUCUGAAAGGAACUAUGGCCUUUACCAGCCGGAUGGCACCAUGGCCUACAAUGUAGGGCUGUCCUCCUUUAAGGGCACUUCCUUCUCUCCUUCUUCUUCUUCCAUUUCACUCACAUCAAUGGCUACUAGAGAGAUGAAGGGUUCUACGAUCGGGUAUUGUCGAAGCUUGGUGUACUCGAUGUUUGUGUAUUUGAUCACCUCUCGAGUUUUUACGAGAAGACUGUUUUAACUGUUCUUCGUUCGGGAUUUAUUCUAUUUUAGUCUCUAAAUUUGGUUAUUGUAAUUUUAAUAAGAAAUUGACAUACGUUUAGUUUCUGUAUGACUUGUGUUCGAUCAGUGAAAGAGAACCUUGCCUAA